CGUUUGCGGGCGAUGAUUUUCCUUCCCGCAUAUAGGGGUAUUGUUGUAAUUCUCUUUGGCGGCAAACGUCUCCUCCUCGGGUCGAGGGAAUGGACGGGAGAUCAAGCGGAUGGCAGUGGGUUGGCCGCCGCGCCGGUUUUUGCUCGCCGGAAGACCCAUCUGGUGGCCGCCGAAUGUAGGGUGAGUCGGGUUCCAGCGAUGGAUCCAGACAAGCGGCGGAAGAGGAGCCUCCUGUUCCGACUCUGCGGAUGGUGGCUGACCUUCGUCCUCGCCCUUGUCGUUUCCUCCUCCUUUGCGGUUGCCGGCGGCCUCAUCGCCCUCAUCCUGCAGAGUCCUUCGGCCCCCCUUCCGAUCGCCGUCGACUCUCGCUGCAGGAUACUAUCGAGUAACAUUGAUCUUAGGUCUGCAAAAGUCUGUGACCUUGGAUUCUUCAAUCACAAAUCCAAAAGCGCAUUGAGCAAUGUAGAAAGACACAAAUUCAGAUGCCAUUAUGAUUAUUAUUGGGCUUCAAUCUUUAAGGUUGAGUACAGACAACAUCCUUCUGGACAGAUGCUCCAUGCAUUUGCAGAGGUUCCAAAGGAGGCCCUUCCACUUGACUGCCGACCCAGCUUCAGCUCUGCAUGGUUGACAAAAGACAAGUUCAAGGUGAAUGAAACGUACAACUGCAAGUACGUUCCUGGGAUGUCUAAAGUUGAUAUUUACACAGAUGACCUUUUCAAUUGCCACUCUGAGGUGCCAUCACCACUUGAGAUGGUGGGAAGAUUCGCUCUUCUUUUUUCUCAAGUGACGGAAAUGUUCUUUUCCAAGAGCGGGAGGUUGGGGCAUAUGUUCCUGUAUCUGGAUGCUGCAGUGGUUUUUGGCAUCCCUUCUCUUCUGCUAUUGUUCCAGUUGCUCAAGAUAUUUGCUUCUGCAAUUUUCGUGCUAAGAAAGAAACCUUUGAUUAACACCUUAUUCAUCAGUAUCUACAGAGUGAGCCUUGUUCGUGCUUGCUUCUUUGUAGCAUCCUUAACUUUUAUGGGUUGGUUAAGUAUACAAUAUGGGAGACCUUUUCAUCUCUCUAAAUUUUUUGUGAGCUUUUCAGUAAGAAGAUAAGGUUUUAAGACGGAGACAGGUUUAGUUUUACCUCUUAGUCAUCAUUGUAUGGAAAUGUGACGCGUGUAUUGGUUGCAUGUUGUACAAUGGCUGUCUACUUAGAUUUAAAAUUCAUUCCUUUUUCU